CUCGAUCUCGACAGCAGGAAGCAAGUCGCUAUCGAGCACAACCCACUAGCGGAGCGAAUGCGAUGUCAACGGGCUCCGCUACGCUAAUUCCUCCGUUGUAGUGCAGCCAGAAUUCGCCGGACCUUUCUCCGCACUCUGGAAGGAGACCAGAAGCCGUUGAACUCGUCGCCAUAAUGUCCACCGCCCUUCCGAGGCCGGCUCGGCCUUCGAACGGCCCGCCAACGAUAGCGCUCCCAGCGUUGCCCAUGAGCAAGACAAGGAAAAGCACAGGAAAUCUUGCAGCUCCUUUCAACAAAUCUACACCACCGACCCCCAAAACUGGCCUUCGAGCGCCAUCGGCCAGCCUCCUCCCCCCAGCAUCACCCGUCGCUGCGGGAUCUACCCCCCAGCCUAGAUCAGUGUCGGGUAUCAAUGCCGCCGGCAGGUCAAUAAGGAAAACGGUCAGCAUAAAUUCCUUCCCACAACCACCACGGGGAGAUGGUCGAAUAUCCAGUCUCCCGCCCAGCCCGCUGUCCACCAGUGUCCCUUCGCGGAAACCCCGAACACCCACGACGCCAACCUAUCAAUUAUCGAACGGGACGCCGAGCUUUCUUAACGGCACUGGCGAUGGCAAGUCGAUCUCGCGACAAGCCGCGACGAGAAAUUCAGAUGGCCUUAUCAGCGUGGCGUCUCCGCCUCAGAGUCGCAGCUCCUCCGCCCAGGACUCCUACUCUACCUCGGCAACCCAAUACGACGAUGUCAAUGACUCGACGCCGUUCAAGUCCGAUACCGCGCUGGGUGGAAAGCGCAUAUCAAAAACGGACGGCAAAGGGAACGUACUUGUCAGCGUCAGAGUGCGACCAGAUGCCGGCGGGAAUGACAACCAGCCGAAUGCGGAGUGGAAUGUCGACGGAAAGAAAUCGUUGAUUGCGUAUAAGGGGAAAGAAGGAGGAGACUACCUUUACGAUAAUGUCUUCGCGACCCAGGAUGACAACUCCAGGGUCUACGACCAUAUCGCCAAACGAUUGGUCCGGAGGGUUAUGGAGGGUUACCACGGCACCGUUUUUGCCUACGGUAUGACUGGCACCGGCAAGACGUUCUCGAUGCAAGGCACAGCAUCCUCUCCCGGUGUGAUACCGCUUGCGAUUACCGAUAUCUUCUCCUACAUCCGCGAGACGCCGUCCAGAGAGUUCCUACUGCGGGUCAGCUACUUGGAAAUCUACAACGAGAAGAUCCAGGAUCUGUUGAGCAUGGCAACGGGUAAUGGCGCAAACCAGCAACAGGAAGAGAUCAAGCUCCGGGAGGAUUCCAAAAGGGGAGUAUAUGCGAGUCCUCUCAAGGAGGAAAUCGUCCAAAGCCCGACACAGCUUCUUCGUGUAAUUGCCCGUGGCGACCAAGCUCGCCGGACGGCGAGCACCCAGUUCAACUCCAGGAGUUCCCGAAGUCAUGCUGUUGUGCAAAUUGUCGUGGAAAGCAGGGAACGGGUCCCCGCUGGUCCCGGAGACAAUAAGCGGCAGGGUCUCUUGCCGGGUGGUGUUCGUGUCUCAACACUGAGUCUGAUCGACUUGGCCGGUUCCGAAAAGGCGGCCGAGUCGAAGGAGCGCCGCCAGGAAGGCUCCCACAUCAACAAGAGCUUGCUCACCCUCGGCACCGUCAUCGCGAAGCUCUCGGAGCAUAAGGACAAGGAUGGGAAGCCCGCGGACAAGGACGGCAAGCACUUGCCUUACCGUGACAGCAAGCUUACCCGGUUGUUGCAAGGAGCCCUGUCGGGUAAUUCGCUCGUUAGCAUUCUGUGCACCAUCGCAGUUGGCCCAGGCGGAGGCACCGCUGCGUCCACAACAAACAUAAACGAAACCCUCAACACGCUCAAGUUUGCUUCCCGGGCCAAGAACAGCAUCGUCAGCCAUGCCAAGCGCGCCGAGGAAGCCCUAGGCGUUGGCGGUGAUGGCAAUGCUAGAGUUCUGCUAGAACGCUACCGCAUGGAGAUCACGGAGCUGAGGAAGGAACUCGACACCCAAGCGAAAACCAACAACAAGAAGGACCAGGACGAGGAGGCGGAGCGCGAUGCCGAAGAAGAGCGGGCUCGAGAAAAGGAGGCCGAACUUCGCCACGAGGAGCAGAUGCUGGAAAUGCAACUGGCUAGGACUGCGCUGAAAGAGAGGAUAGACCACCUCAACAGGCUCAUCCUCAGCUCCAAAUCGAUCGGCGUCAACGCGAGCGGGUCCUUCAGCGCCCUUGGCAUACACCCCCGCUACUCGCAAGGGUCGAUCCGCUCUUCGAUGGCUACCUCCAAUGGAACCAAGUUCGGGCUCGAGCGGACAGAGUCCAUGACUUCAAGUGGCUCGACGAUCGGACGGAAAUCGGCCAGCCAACGCUCGUCCGGCUGUGCGGAACCACCCGUGGCGGAGGACGACGAUGGCUUGGGCGAGUUUGGGGACGGGACGGCAUCGCUCACAUCGCAGAACCGUGCGCUCCAGGCGGACCUGGCCGAUAAGAACCGAUACAUCCAGACACUGGAAAAGCGGCUCCUUCAAGCUCGCCGCGCGAGCUCGUCGCGGACUUCGGUCGGUCUCUCGACAGGAAAGGGGAUCAUGGUUGGUGAAGACCACAGCGUCGCGACCCUCAUCAAGGAGAAAGACACCGAGAUCGCCGAGCUCCGUGCCCGCCUCGAUGACAAGGACCGGAUGCUCGCCGCGCUGCGAACGGCCGCGCGAUCCCGCGACAACGCCGAUCGUGUCGAGUCGCGUGUCGAGUCCCGUGUCGAGUCGCGCGUCGAGUCGCGGUCCGAGGUCCGCACGUCGCAGAUCCUCGACAGCAACCCCGGCCCGGCGCCCAUCGGCAGCCCGCCCGCGGCGCCGUCCCUGCUGCGGCAGGUGUCGACCCUCCGCAAGCGCACCAAGAGCGUCGACGAGAUGAGCAAGAUGCUCGACGAGAUGAUCCAGGACCGCGUCGAGAGCGGCCACCUCGUCCGCAGCGUGCGCGGCAGCGUCAAGGUCGCGGCCGACGAGCGCCCCGUACGGAGUGCCGAGGCACCGCCUGCUAUCCCCGCUUCGCUCCCGACUUCUCUCCCGACUGCUCUCCCGGCUUCGCCCCCGCCCUCGUUCCCGCCUUCCAUGCCUCUGCCGCCGCCUGUCGGUCCCCCGCCUGCCUCGCCGCCGCCGCCGCCGGCUGGCCCGCCCAUCCAGCUGCAGCUUCUGUCGAGGCAGCGGGCGUCGUUUGCGGCAGAGCCGCAAAAGCCGGUAGCGAUGGAGGUUUGAAUGGAGGUUUGAGGUGUGAACCAACAAUAUUUUAUUAUUCUCUUGUUCCUUUUUGAUUUGUUUGCGUCCUGUUUUCCCCAAAACCAAGUUUAGGGGCCGGGUUCUAUCUAUUCUCUAGGUCGGUUAACGGGUGCUGUCCGUUCGUGAAAUGGAGUUGUGGGGGGUCGGGGGUUGGCGGGAAACCACUUAUCUUCAUUUGUCUUUUUCUGUGUCUCUUGUUU